AUGUCUGGCACAGCUGGGCGAUCACACCUUCGGGCAGAAGCAGUGGAAAUGACGCCUUCUCGGCGGUUUGCAGGGACUCGCGUGCCAGGCGCGAUUGGGGCAGAAUCACCCAGCAACAGGGAUGUAUGCCUUUUUGUUGUUCUUCCUCACGCCUCUAUCAUGCACUGGUGUCCAUGUCGGUCUGUUGCCGUCUGCUGGUUGCCUCGGUCAGGCAGUCGUCUGUGCACGUUUGACCAGCAGGUCUGUCGGGCUGUUGGUGUUUCACCAUCCGAUCGGGGCUUGUUUACUCUUCAAGUGUCCUCGAGGGGUGCACGAAGCCAGCCGUAA